AUGUACGCCGCAACAGUCCUGCCUGCCAAGGCGUGGCCGUGCGUCGCAGCAACCAUCCACCUACUGAGGCGUCGCAGAAUCUGCCCCAAGGGCGAGACAACAGUCCUGCCUGCCAAGGGGUGGUUCGUCCCAGGGAGGGGCACUGCGGGUGAGGAUCCGCCUUCUGAGCCGUCUCAGAAACUGGCUCACGAUAGCAGUAUGGCCCAUCCAUACUGUGUGUCAUCAGACCUGUCUGAUAAGGGGUGGUUCGUCACAGGGAGGGGCUCUGCAAGGGAGGAUCUGCCUUUUGAGGCGCCGCAGAAUCGGCCUCACUGCCGCAGUAUGACCCAGGGAGGUGCUGGCAGUGCGUGUGCGUCCCAGGAAGGUGCUACUCUGUUUCCGUUCCUGCUUCUGACUCACUCUCCUCCUGUCGUGUGUGUUCCUGUCGUGUGUGUUCCUGUCGUGUGUGUUCCUGUCGUGUGUGUUCCUGUCGUGUGUGUUCCUGUCGUGUGUGUUCCUGUCGUGUGUGUUCCUGUCGUGUGUGUUCCUGUCGUGUGUGUUCCUGUCGUGUGUGUUCCUGUCGUGUGUGUUCCUGUCGUGUGUGUUCCUGUCGUGUGUGUUCCUGUCGUGUGUGUUCCUGUCGUGUGUGUUCCUGUCGUGUGUGUUCCUGUCGUGUGUGUUCCUGUCGUGUGUGUUCCUGUCGUGUGUGUUCCUGUCGUGUGUGUUCCUGUCGUGUGUGUUCCUGUCGUGUGUGUUCCUGUCGUGUGUGUUCCUGUCGUGUGUGUUCCUGUCGUGUGUGUUCCUGUCGUGUGUGUUCCUGUCGUGUGUGUUCCUGUCGUGUGUGUUCCUGUCGUGUGUGUUCCUGUCGUGUGUGUUCCUGUCGUGUGUGUUCCUGUCGUGUGUGUUCCUGUCGUGUGUGUUCCUGUCGUGUGUGUUCCUGUCGUGUGUGUUCCUGUCGUGUGUGUUCCUGUCGUGUGUGUUCCUGUCGUGUGUGUUCCUGUCGUGUGUGUUCCUGUCGUGUGUGUUCCUGUCGUGUGUGUUCCUGUCGUGUGUGUUCCUGUCGUGUGUGUUCCUGUCGUGUGUGUUCCUGUCGUGUGUGUUCCUGUCGUGUGUGUUCCUGUCGUGUGUGUUCCUGUCGUGUGUGUUCCUGUCGUGUGUGUUCCUGUCGUGUGUGUUCCUGUCGUGUGUGUUCCUGUCGUGUGUGUUCCUGUCGUGUGUGUUCCUGUCGUGUGUGUUCCUGUCGUGUGUGUUCCUGUCGUGCGGUGUGCUCCUGUGUGUGUUCCUGUCGUGUGUGUUUCUGUUGUGCGGUGUGCUCCUGUGUGUGUUCCUGUCGUGUGUGUUUCUGUUGUGCGGUGUGCUCCUGUGUGUGUUCCUGUCGUGUGUGUUUCUGUUGUGCGGUGUGCUCCUGUGUGUGUUCCUGUCGUGUGUGUUUCUGUUGUGCGGUGUGCUCCUGUGUGCGUGCAAUGGGGUGGGAGGAGAAUCAAGGCAGCACAGCAACCGACUGAGUUCUCAGCACGGCACCAAGCGUGUUCUGCACUGCAUUGGAAGAGUGUCUCUCUUAGAGUUUCCUCCUCUCCCUCCUCCCCAGUUCCGUUGUUUGCCUUUCCCUCCUAUGCACCCUGCUACCCUGCAGUCUCUGCAGCCGGGCUGAAGCAACGAUGGCAGCAGAGAAACAACGGGCAGUGCAAGGGAGAGCAUGGGGGGUGUGAGCUGCAGCAGGUCACUUCCACUCUUCGGUCUUCUCUCUCCUACACCCACUUAUACAAGUUCGACGCGGAGAAGUAUGUGGACGACCAGAUGCAGAUCAUGGACGAACGGGUACGGCGUGCGGCUGCUGGUGGGGGACCUGGCGGACUACCGGCGGGUGUCAGCGGACGAGAUGCGCAAGAGCGUGUUCGCCAACUACACCGCCUUCAUCCGCAUCCCCGCUUAUUCCCCUCCCCGCAUACCCACAUACUCCCCCCGCAGGGCGUGCGGCUGCUGGUGGGGGAUUUGGCGGAUUACAGGCGCGUGUCAGCGGACGAGAUGCGCAAGAGCGUGUUCGCCAACUACACGGCGUUCAUCGGCACGUCCAAGGAGAUCGCGGAGCUGGAAGUGGAGCUGCAGCAGAUGAAGAACCUCCUCUCCGUGCAGACCGCGCUCAUCCACUCCCUCGCCGCGGAUAGCAUGAACAAUGAUAAUAGUAAUAGCAGUUCCGCGGGUGGUGGUGGUGGUGGGGGGUCGACUCCUGCGUCUACCACUUCGUCGGUUACCACCGCUGGUACUUCGUCUACCUUCGCUGGGGUUUCGUCCGCGUCAUACGCGUCCUCGUUAGCCACCCCGCAGCAGGACGAAGAGGAGGAUGAGCGGCUGUGGAGCGUGGAGGUCCCCGAGCCUACUGAGAUUGAGAAAUACGCGGAGGCGCUCCCGGAUAUACUGGAUAUUCUUAUAGCGGAGCGGAAGGUCGACCGCGCUAUAGAGCUGCUGGAGCAGGGGCAGCAGAUUGUGCAGCUGGCGCUGGCGACGGCAGGGGACGGGGCGGGCGGGGGCGGAGGCGGGGGGAAAGGGGGCGGGGCGGGCGGGGAGGACGAGGAGAUUCUCAGCGCGGACGCGGCGAACGCGCUGGCGGCGUCGAUCGCGGAGAGGCGCGCGUGGCUUAUGGCGCAGCUGGAGGAGACGGCGCAGCAGGCGGCUGUGCGCGGGCAGGAGCUGCGGCAGGCCGUGGGCGCGCUGUACCGCCUGGGGGAGACCGAGCGCGCGCACCAGCUGCUGCUGGGCGCGUACGGGGAGCGCAUCAGGAGCGGAUCCCGCCUGCUGCGCCCGCGGGGGACCAGCUUUGGCGGCGCGUACACUGCUGCCCUGGCGCAGCUGGUGUUCUCGGCCAUAUCUCAAGCAGCAACAGACUCAGCACGUAUAUUCGCAUCUGACCCGGCGUUUGCGGCGGAUCUGCUGCUGUGGGCGCAGAGGGAGACGGAGUUCUGUGUGUCGCUGCUCAAGCGCCACGUGCUCUCAUCUGCUGCUGCUGCUGGUGGGCUGCACGCCGCUGCUGAAUGCGUGCGCAUUGCCCUCGGCCACUGCAGGCUACUGGAAGAGCAAGGUUUGACGCUCUCCCCAGUGCUCUCCAAGCUCGUGCGGCCAAGCGUGGAGGAGGCGUUGGAGUUCAACAUCAUCCGCAUAGAGGACUCUGUCGCCACCAUGGUGGCUGUAGAUGACUGGGUGUUGCUGCCGCUGCCCCACGGCGCUGCUGCCACGGGCAGGGUGCGCGCGCUGCAGCAGACACUGGGGCCGGGGCUCAUGCACCUGAGGCUGUCGAGCAGCGGCCAGCGCUUUUACCUCUUGCUCGUGGAUCUAGUGGAGGAUAUCCUUCCGUUGAUCAGCCUGCAGCUGUUUGGUCGCAUCCUCGACCGCCUGGCGUCCCUCUUCGAGUCCUACGUCGCCCUCCUGCAAAAAGCCCUCCCCUCGCCCUCCGAUGACGACGACGACGAGGAGGACGGGGGGAACGGGGGGGAAGGAGGCAAAGACAAGGGCGGGGAGAAGGGAGGGGAGAAGGAGAACGGGGACGAGCCGUGGCAGGACGGCAGUGUGCGGACAGCAGAGGACGAGCAGCAGCAGCUGGCGCUGCUGGGGAACGCGUCGGCUCUGGCUGAUGAUUUGCUGCCGCGGCUGGCUCAGAGGCUCACGCUGGCCGCUGGGGAGGAAGGUGGUGGGGGAGGGGGGCGAGCGGGGAGGAAGCAGGGCGGGGCGGAUCCAGACAGGAGGCUGUCUGCUGGAGGACGCAACGCGGCGGAGCACAAGGAGUGGCGGAGGCGGCUACAGAAGGCGGUGGACAAGUUGAGGGACGUGCUGUGCUCGUGCCUCGUGGCGGAGUUCAUGUAUGGCCACGAUGGCCAGCCCAUUCUCACCGCGCGCCAGUACCUGCACAUGGACGCCAAGAUGCGCCCCACCCAGUGGGCCCUGAAGCCGCUCCCCUCGCCGCCCUUCCAGGCGCUAUACAUGGCGCUGCACUCCAUCCACUCAACCGCCACGUACGUGCUGGGAGGGCGCGACCGCGUGGUCACGCUGCUGCUCAUGCGUCUCGCCGAGUGGCUCAUGAUGGGCCUCAUGGUCUACAGCUCGUUUUGGGACGAGCUUGAAAACGCCGAGUACGCGCUCGGGCCUACAGGCCUGCAACAGCUGGUGUUUGACAUGUAUUUCGUGAUGCAGGUGGCCAAGGCGGGUAAAUACUCCUCCCGGGCCAUGCGCAAGGUGGCAGAGGACAGUGCUACCAAGGCCAUCGUGCUCUACACUGACCAGACCGGAGGGGAUCCCAACAGGGCCAUGCGCAAGGUGGCAGAGGACAGCGCUACUAAGGCCAUCGUGCUCUACACCGAUCAGACGGGGGGCGACCCCAACAGUCUGCUGCAGGAGGACUGGUGGUACGAGCACAAGUGUGUGGAGGCUAUAGAGGAGCUCGCAGCAGCAGCAGUCUCACUUGUUCACAGCACACUGCUGCACCUCCAUGUCACCCAUCUUUACCGUUUUCUGCCCUUCCUUGUUCUGCGCCCUCGCAGUCUGCUACAGGAGGACUGGUGGUACGAGCACAAGUGUGUGGAGGCAAUAGAGGAGCUCGCAGCAGCAGCCAGCCCAGCAGCGUCCCCUACUGACUCGCCCAGCCGCCACCGCCGCUCCUUCUCCCAAGAAGACCCCGACGACCCACUCGCCGCCGCCUCCUCUGCUGCUGCUGCUUCCGCUAGCCCUGCUGCUCCUGCUGGUGCUGUUGGUACUGGUGCGGUUGGUGGUUCUACAGCUGCUGCUGCCUUGUCUCCCACAAUACCAGGUCUGCAGCAGCAGGGGGAUGGGGGGUUAUCCCAGCAGCAGCAGGGUCCGGGGAGAGGGGCGUUGGAUGAGGUGUGGAGACCAACAGUAAAGGGACAGUAUGAUAUGUAUGAUGAUGAUGGGGGGGUUAGGAGUGCGAGACCAGGAGGGAGGGGGACAGCGAGCCGAAGCCCUAGGAGUGAAGCAGCAGGAGGGGGGCCACGGAGCAGAGGGUUUUCAGAGGAUGAGUAUGGGAGCGGGGGCGGCAGGAGUCUGCAGCAGCAGGGGGAUGGGGGGUUAUCCCAGCAGCAGCAGGGUCCGGGGAGAGGGGCGUUGGAUGAGGUGUGGAGACCAACAGUAAAGGGACAGUAUGAUAUGUAUGAUGAUGAUGGGGGGGUUAGGAGUGCGAGACCAGGAGGGAGGGGGACAGCGAGCCGAAGCCCUAGGAGUGAAGCAGCAGGAGGGGGGCCACGGAGCAGAGGGUUUUCAGAGGAUGAGUAUGGGAGCGGGGGCGGCAGGAGUCUGCAGCAGCAGGGGGAUGGGGGGUUAUCCCAGCAGCAGCAGGGUCCGGGGAGAGGGGCGUUGGAUGAGGUGUGGAGACCAACAGUAAAGGGACAGUAUGAUAUGUAUGAUGAUGAUGGGGGGGUUAGGAGUGCGAGACCAGGAGGGAGGGGGACAGCGAGCCGAAGCCCUAGGAGUGAAGCAGCAGGAGGGGGGCCACGGAGCAGAGGGUUUUCAGAGGAUGAGUAUGGGAGCGGGGGCGGCAGGAUCGAAAAAAUGGGAAGCGCGGGGAAACUGAGAAGCGGCCGUGCAGCCAUGGCGUCCGUAACUUCUUCGAAGGUAGGCAGGGGGAAGAAGAAGGCGGGAACUGCACCCAGCCGGGAUGAACCGAACUCAACCGAGCAUCCAGCGACGCUUGCUACAGCACGUGGCGAUGACGUCGCAAGUGCGGCAGCUGAAGCCUCAGCGGUCGCAGACCUGACGGCGACGAACCCUGAUGCGAACCUUGAUGCGACGCCCGCGACGGAGUCGCAGCUGUCGCCGCCUGGAGGCACGCGGAAGCGAGCGGCCGGCGAUGAUAUCGACGCGAUUUUCAACCAGGCGAAGCAGAGCAAGCAGCAUGCGGCGGCGAGCAGCGGACAGAAAGGCAAGGGAGGCGCGAAAGAGCAGGGCAGCGAAAAACCACCCGGGGAGAAAAAGGGGAAGAAGAAAGGUAAAAGUGGAAGUGGGGUGGACGCAGAUAGCAAGGCGAGGAAGCGGACAGUGGAGGGGUUUAGGGUUUACAAGGAGGAGGAGCUGGGGUGGAACAAGAAGACUGCCGGGGGCACUGCGCAGUGCCCCUUCGACUGUGACUGCUGCUUCUGA